GCAAUAAAACGCUCUUUGCGGAUCCUCAAUCAUCUUCAUCAAUCAGUGUCCGUGUCUGUGUGUGAUCCCAAAACCAGAGAGAAACACAUGGGGUUCUUUUCAAGGAACAGAGGAGACGACGACACCGUCGACGACUUCGACGACUACGAUCCAACCCCCUACGGCGGCGGCUACGACAUCAACCUCACCUACGGCCGCCCCAUUCCUCCCUCCGACGAGACCUGUUACCCGAUCGGAGGAUCAGAUGAAUCCUUCGACUACGAUCGUCCUCAGUACUCCUCUCACGCUGAGCCUUCUGCUUAUGCCAAUGAAGCUCUCGAUGUUGAGUAUAGUAGCUACUCUCGCCCUAAGCCUAGGCCUGCUCCGGCUUCGUUUAACCCCGGGUAUGGGAGGAAGCCUGAGUCGGAGUAUUCUGGAUUGGAAUAUGGAUCUGGGUAUGGGAGGAAGCAGGAGCAUCAGGUGACCGGGUCGGAAUAUGGAUCCGGGUAUGGUGGGAGGAAGCAGGAAUCAUCUGAAUAUGGAUCCGGGUAUGGGCGGAAGCAGGAAUCCGAAUCUGAAUAUGGAUCAGGGUAUGAGCAGAAGCAGGAGUAUGAGGCCCCUGAAUCCGGGUAUGGGCGGAAGCAGGAGUAUGAGGCUCCGGAACCCGGGUAUGGUCGAAGGACGGAAGGUUCUGGAUAUGGAGGUGGGUAUGGUGGGAGGAGUGAGGAGGAGAAUCCCGGGUAUGGGAGGAAGACUGAGUAUGAGACGGGUGGGUCAGAAUAUGAAUCCGGGUAUGGUGGUGGGAGGAAGCCUAGCUAUGGGGAGGAACAGGGUAGUGGGUAUGGAGGAAGGAGUGAGUAUGAGGAGAAGAAGCCGAGCUAUGGAAGGAGUAACUAUGAGGGACAGGAGGAGGUUGAGUAUGGUCGUGAGCGCCCUCCAAGGCUUGAUGAUGAUGAUGAUGAUAAUGAGGGCUAUGCUCGUAAGAAAUAUGGAGAUGAUGGCUCUGAUGAUGAUGAUGAGAGGAAGAAGCAUCACCACAAGCAUCACCAUCGCAAGAACUAUGAUGAUGAGUAAACAAAAUGCCAUUUGUGGCCGUGUGAAUGGAUGCCAUCCCAUAGUUACCUACUAAAUAAAGGGUUGGCACUUUAUAUCCCCCAGUUUGUUUGGACUAUUACUCUGAAAUCUUGAGCUUUCAGAACUAUUGGUCUAAAGUGAAUGUGUUAUUUGGCUUUUGAGUUUUUAUAAUAUCCCUCAUGUUUGGGUUGUUGUGUUUAAUUAUUUCUUACUUGGAAAGAUUGAAUGCAUUUACACUUAUUAUCUUGUCA